AUGGGCCAGAAUCUUUCGGAUGAGCAACCGCAGCGGCGGUCGCAUGAGGAGCUAACUCAUGAGCUGGCAGAGAGGUUCAGGAGCAAGUGUUUUACUUCUCUCGAGUUUUACUCCCUCAAGGAUGUCUUCAAAAGCCUUGCAGAUCAGCAAGAUUUGAUCAGGUACAUGAAGGAGGAUACCAUCGCUCGCUACCUUGAGAUCCCCGACAUCCUUGGCGCGUCACCUGUCAUUUUUCAAAUCGUGUCGUAUCUGGGCGCCUUUCCCUUCCUUCAGGAUGCCCCGGUAGUAUUGGAGCUGCCCCGGAUGAUCAUGGUCAUCGUCAUCAUGACUGAGCGGUACCGAACCGUGCUGGCGCGGGGUUCCUCGGACAGGACCAAGCUGCUAUUUAGGAGCUUGGCUGUCUUUGAUCGAAAACCAUCUGAAUCCGAUGCUCUUCCAGAUGCUGCUCGACUUGGAGAGCCUAAUGGCAAGGAUGAGAAAGUCCAAGGGAACUCGCAUGUUGCUGGCUUCGCAGUGGAUCAAGCGGGCGAUGAAGUCGAUGACGACGACGAUGAAGAUGACGACCUGGUUUUGACGGCCUUUGAGUUGCUUGACGUUAAAGAAGCCGUGGAUCAGGGCCAUGCUCCCAAGUUCCAUUCUGCGACGAUCCCGACUGACAACUUUCGCAAACUUCUGAUGCUGCUUCUGCUGGCCGCUCCCCUCGAUCCUCAGGAAAGCCUGUCGUUGUACUCGCCUCACGUUGUUGGCGAGAAACUAGAAGGCCUCCGUGCAACUGCUGAAUGCAUCCUGGCCUCGUUUGUCAACGCCGAAACAUCUCCUGGAAUCAAGUACAGCCACUUCAAGAGCAUCAUCCCUGUGAUUUGCCCCAAUCUUUUCCGCGGGUUCAACGGCCUUUUUGAACAUUUCCUCUUUUCCAAAAACCUAGACUUUUCCAAACAUCAAAAUGAUACCCCUAUAACCAAGGUGGCCCAGCCUCUCCUGACCGACUCUGGCGAGAUCCUAAACCACAACACCCUGUGCCAGAUCUCACUCUUCCUCCCUGGCUCAGACCUUUUCCGCAGAGUGAGACUUCUCUACUCUGGCAAUGAUGCAGGCUUCUCGAUGGGAAGUUUCCAGACAAAGGUGUUCAACUGGCAGGCUCCCACGUUACUCUUGGUCAGUGGAACACGGCUCAGCGAUAUCCCCGAAGGUGGCCAAGAAGCAGCUUUCGCGGCAUCCCUCCCUACAAAGAGAUUUCCUCACGGGAGCAAGUCAGAUCAACUCACCUUCGGCGUCUACGUGAGGGAACCUUGGAAACACACUCACAGGGAAUGCUUUGGCGACUCGGACACAGUUCUCUUCCAACUGGAACCAAUUCACGACGUCUUUCCAGCAUCCACCAUCAACAAAGACUACGUUACCUUUACCAAGGCGCCGGCGCACCAUCCCAUGUUGUCAUUUGGGUGUCCGCACCCUCAUCCGUCACAGGCUCACCGAAAAGCCGACAUGUUGCAUCUGGGUCCCGUCUCGUUGACGCUCGACGAUUCAUUCGAGUUUGCAGUCUUCAACCAUGACUUUACCUCACGAGGGGGCGCGUUCCGCUCGAGUUCGGUGAGGAAAUUCGACUUUCAAGAACGCUUUCAGAUCGAGAGCCUCGAGGUUUGGGGAUGUGGCGGUGAUGCAGAAGCUCGAGCGCAGGCCGAGAGAUGGGCCUGGGAGGAACGGGAAGCCGAGGCCCGCCGCAAGAUCAACCUGGGAACCGGGGAUAUAGAGGCGGAUCGGGCUUUGUUGGAGAUGGCAGGGCUGAUCGGAGGGGCUCGGAGCGGGGGCUCCAUGGGAUAG